CCCUCCUCCCAUGCGUUUGUCUCGCUCGUCUUCCCGCGUCUGCGCACCUCUGCCAGGCCUAGUGCUCCUCGCCGUCUCCCGCAAACCUUCACCCUCCAAACGGACAGCAUGUCUGAGUACAGCGCGGUGCCGCCAUCCGGUGCCGGAGCAGCUGGAAUCCAGAAAGACGCGUUCGCCGACGCGGUACAGCGCGCGCGGCAGAUCGCAGCGAAGAUCGGCGGAGACGUCGCCGGUCCCCCCAUGAGCAAUAACGGCGGAGCGGAGAGCUAUGCCUUCGCGGCUCAGAAGCGAUCGCUGGAGGACGGAGAUCAGCCGGAGUGUAAGAAGAUGGCGUCUGACAGAGACAACUCUUCAGCACUGUCUAUCGGAGCCCAGCUGGCUGCCCUUUCCCAGCAGAGCGUGCGUCCCUCUACUCUCUCAGAAGAGUACAGAGUCCCUGAUGGCAUGGUUGGCCUCAUCAUUGGUCGGGGAGGAGAGCAGAUCAGUAAGAUCCAGCAGGAGUCUGGCUGUAAGGUUCAGAUUGCUCCAGACAGCGGCGGUCUUCCAGACAGGAGUGUGACUCUCACCGGCGGCCCUGAAGCCAUCCAGAAGGCCAAGAUGCUGCUGGAUGACAUCGUCUCUCGGGGGCGGGGCACUCCUCCCUCCUUCCACGAGUCGACCAAUGGGAGCGGACACAUGCAGGAAAUGAUCAUUCCGGCAGGGAAAGCGGGUCUCAUCAUCGGCAAAGGAGGAGAGACCAUUAAACAGCUGCAGGAGCGUGCUGGCGUGAAGAUGAUUUUGAUCCAGGACCCUUCUCAGGGGCCAAACAUGGACAAACCUUUGCGCAUCAUUGGAGAUCCUUAUAAAGUCCAGGAAGCGCGUGAGAUGGUGCAGGAGAUUCUGCGAGAGCGGGACCAUCCCGGCUUCGACAGAAAUGAGUACGGCUCUCAAAUAGGAGGAGGAGGAGGUGGAGGAGGAGGAAUGGAGGUGCCCGUUCCGCGUCACUCUGUGGGCGUCGUGAUUGGCCGAAGCGGAGAGAUGAUCAAGAAGAUUCAGAACGACGCUGGUGUGAGGAUACAGUUCAAACCAGAUGAUGGAAGCGGUCCAGAAAAGAUCGCUCACAUAGUGGGUCCUCCGGACCGCUGCGAACAUGCCGCCAGCAUCAUCAACGAACUCCUGCAGAGCAUCAGAGUGCGAGAGGAAGGAGGGGGUCCUCCAGGCGCAGGUAUGCCUCCAGGUGGGCGUGGCAGGGGGCGUGGUCCAGGCAGCUGGGGCCCUCCUGGCAGUGAGAUGACCUUUUCAAUCCCCGCCCACAAAUGCGGUCUGGUUAUCGGCCGAGGCGGCGAGAACGUGAAGGCCAUCAACCAGGAGACGGGUGCCUUCGUGGAGAUCUCUCGCCAGCCGCCGCCCAACGGUGACCCCAACUUCAAACUGUUUAUCAUCCGGGGAUCUCCUCAGCAGAUCGACCACGCCAAACAGCUGAUCGAGGACAAGAUCGAGGGUCCCCUGUGCCCUGUUGGUCCUGGACCGGGUGGACCGGGCCCCGCUGGACCCAUGGGCCCCUACAACCCGAACCCGUACCAACCCGGACCCCCCGGUGGACCGCAACACGGUGGUCCUCCUGGUGGUCAGUAUCCUCAGGGCUGGGGCAACACGUACCAGCAGUGGCAGCCGCAGGAUCCCAGUAAAGCAGCAGUGGAUCACAAUGCGGCGUGGGCAGCUUAUUAUGCACAGUACUACCAGCAGCCUGGAGGGGGCGCCAUGCCUGGACAGACGCCUGCGGCCCAACCGGCUGCUCCCGCUCCUGCUGACCAGAGCCAGGCUGCUCCCGGAGCCGCUCAGCCCGACUACACCAAGGCCUGGGAGGAGUACUACAAAAAGAUGGCUGCUGCAGGAGGAGGAGGAGGAGGAGGAGCUGCUCCCGCCGCAGGAGCAGCUCAAGCCACAGGAGCUCCAGCAGCAGGACAGACGGACUACAGCGCCGCAUGGGCUGAAUACUACAGACAGCAGGCUGCUUAUUACGGACAGACGGGACAGGCCGCGGGACAGCCAGGCGCCACACCACAGGGCCAGCAGGCGCAGUGAAGUGACUUUUGAGCUCUCGUCCGUCCUGCUCCUUCCCUUCAUCCUGUCACUCUUCUCUAACAAAAGGACUUCUCUUCCAGUUUCAUUUUUUUUUUUUCUUUCUUUCUCGUGUCCAGCUGAAAAGCUCUGUGACUCUUUCUCCUCUGAAGCCGGAUUUCUGUCUUUAUGAAACGUUACUGCUUCAGACUCUCUUGUUCCUCCUCCUGGUUUUAGCUGGAUUCACAAGCGCUGAUGGACUAAACUCAAACUCUGCCUUCCCCUUCACACACACGCUUCAUCCCUCGCAUCAGUGUGACUCAUGUCCAGGAGACACAAGGGAAAGCUAACUUUCUCACAUGAGCGUGCACUUCCUGUAUUUGCAUUAAAAAAAAAAUCUUUUUGAGGAAACAGGUGCAUUUAGAGGAAACCUUCAGGUGUUAAUAACUACUGUGUUUCAAACUCAAUGAGUAACCAUGUCUUUUUUUUUUUUUUUUUUUUAAUGCUAUUUUGCUUUUAGUCCUUUUUUAAGUUGAUUUUGAGCUGGAACAUUCCCAUUGUUUAACGUGUUCUUUAUUUCUAUUCAUUUAGUGAGUUUUUCUUUUUAAUGUGAUAAAAAUUUUCUCCUGUGAUAUCAAAUGGGGUUUCAGUCUCUGAGUGUAUCUCGUGUGUGUGUGUGUGCGCACGAGUAUAUAUGUUCUGACACUGAAACUCAAGACGUGUUGCUCCUCACUCUGUGAAAAGAGGGUUUCUUUUUUUUCUCCCACCUUCCCAAGUUAUUGGAAGUCAUGAUGUUAUAAAUAUAUAAAUUGUAUGCUUUUUUUUUUUUUUUUACUGCUUGUUUUUAAAAACCACAAAAUAAACAUUACAAAAUCCUCAUCUGAUCACAUGA